AUGUGUACGGAACUUAGCCCACUCACGGCUCCGCCGUAUAAUCAUUUUACGCAGAUUGGCGAUCCUGUGCUGCGACUAUGUGCCGAAGAAGUUUCCGCAGAACGCAUCGCGAGCCAGGAGAUCAAAGAUAUUGUGGAGCAAAUGGUUAAGGUGCUCCGGCACUACGACUGUGUGGGCGUGGCUGCUCCCCAAUUGGGAGUACCAAUGCGGAUAAUUGUAAUGGAGUUCCGCGAGGGCAAACGGGAACAAUUUACGCCAGAAGUGUACGAGGAACGCAAAAUGUCGCAUUUACCGCUAACCAUCUUUAUCAAUCCGCAAAUUGAGAUAAUAAGUGAUAAGCAGCACACGCAUCCCGAGGGCUGCAUGAGUGUGCGCGGAUAUUCGGCGAAGGUUUCUCGAUACGAUCGUGUUCGAGUCACCGGCAUCGGAAUACUUGGAACGCCGUCGGAGUUGGAACUUGUCGGGUGGAGCGCGCGCAUAGCGCAACAUGAAAUGGAUCAUUUGAACGGCAUUGUUUACAUUGAUCGCAUGGACGUUUCUAGCUUCACUUGCAUCACUUGGCAACAGAUUAAUGCAACUGGUGGACGCGCUGUUAUAUCGUUUGAAAAAUAAAUAAAAGAAAAAUGUUUUCUAUUUAAAUAUAUAGUAA